GUGCCCUGACGUCAUGGAACAGAGUGAUCUCCAGCAGUGUUUCCUCCAACUGCACACUAAAAAAAGCAUUUUUAGACAAUCCAUCUCCCUAGCUGAGAAAAAAUUCCGGAAAUGCUGGAAAAGAAGGUUGUGCCUCAGCAUUGGGCUUGUUCUCACAGAGCAGACACAGGUGAAGCAAGAGCACAUAUAGAGGUGGAACCCCAAAAAUGGAGGAAAUGAGAGUUUAUUCUGGAUUUUUGGGCAUGGAAAGGAACAAGCGGGCAGGUCACAGCAUGGAGAUGAAGCCUGAGGCACGUGUCACCUGCCAGGUGAUGCUGGCAGUGCUUUUCACAGCUCUGUUCAUCACAGCCAUCGCUUUUGCAGGUGAAUGUCGAAGUUUUAGUCUCACAGUGCAAGCUUUUCAGCCUCAUGCCCAGCCCUGCUUUCAGUGCCCCUUUGACUGGAUCAGGUACAGAGGAAAAUGCUACUAUUUUUCUGAGGUUGAGGGGAACUGGACAUCCAGCCAGGACAACUGCUCAGCACUUGGUGCUUCCUUGGCCAUACUGGACAGCGUGGAGGACUUGAGUUUUGUGAUGAGAUACAAAGGCAUCUCAGAGCAUUGGAUUGGCCUUUUCCGGGAGCAUGAGCAGCAGCCAUGGCAAUGGGUGAACCACUCAGCUCUAUCUCACCUGUUUUGGAUCCGUGGUGGUGGGCUCUGUGCAUACCUGGAUGACAGUGGGCUCAGCUCCUCCCACUGCAGCACUGAGAGGAGCUGGAUUUGUAAUAAACAUGAGCUGCAGAGCUCAGGCAGAGGCAACAGGAUGAGACGGCCUCCAAACCUCUGUGUCAGCUCCUUGAGUGCUGCAGGGAGGCCUUCUCACUCCCAGAUAUCUGGUGCACCAUAGAGACAUGAAAGAAAAUCUCAAAAAGAUUUUAAAAUCCCUGGGUAAGGGGUUAUUGGGGUUUCCAGGGGCCAACAAGAUGUUUCUGGGACAAGGCAGCCUUUAGGGAUCCACAUGAGAUAGUUCUUGAGAAUCCAGGGGGGUGGGGGGUGGAGGGGCAGGGCAGCUCUGGGGCUCUUUUUGGGGUUGGGGCAACUUGGUGAUGGCCCAAAUGCAGAUGCCUUCUACUUAAAUAAAAUAAAAGAAAUUUAUUCUAUCCUGAACAUAUUUACAUGAUAAGUACUUGGAAAUGCAUCUCAAGCAUGGGGAACAGCAGAGGAAAAGAGUGGGGGCAGUGGAUGUAAGCACAUCCUUGUGAUAACUAAAUCAGUUUUAAUAUGAGGAAUAGCUGCUGGUAUUAAUACAAAGUCUGGAAAAAUCAAGAUUUUUAAUUUGUGCUGGAAGUCCAGCCAGUCAUAAGCACUGAGGUCAGCAAAAGGAACCUCCAGAGGAAGCUGUAUUUGGGAGAAAAAAAAAGUUUUUAGCUCAAAACAAGCUCAGGGAAGUCAAGCUCCUAACAAGCUUUGCAUAAUUUAACAACUUGAGAUGAGCCAUGCUGAGCAUAGACCCAAAAUCCCCUGGGCAUAACCCAAAACAGAGACAUCUAAGAUGAAGGAAGGACCAUGAACUGAGUUAGAAAUUACUCCAAGACUUGGAAAAUAAGAG